AUGUUGGAAUUAAGUUAUGUUUUGAUUUUUUUAUCAUCUAUUAUCGCACUAACAUUAACUGAUGAUGAAAAUUUAUCUUUAAAAUCAAAUUUCUCAGAACGUAAUCGUACAUAUAUGUUAUUUGUUUCGGAAGAUGUACCUAUUGGUCAUACACAAAUUAUUGAUACAUUUGAUUCAUCAUUUUGUUCAAUCUAUUCGAUAAAAUCAAAUAUAUAUAAUCAUGAUGUACCAUUUGAAAUUUUAUUAAUGAAAAAUGAAAGUUGUUCAUUAAAUUUACAUGUUAUUCGUUUACUUGAUCGUGAACAAACACCAAUGUUUACUAUACGAAGACAAUUAAUUAGUGGAAAUAAAUUAAAAAAUAAUAAUAAUAAUAUGAUAACCAUUCAAUUAUCGAUUGUUAUUCUUGAUGUUAAUGAUCAUGUACCACAAUUUGAAAAUGAACAUUUUAAUUUUCUUAUACCAGAAAAUAUUCAACCAGGUGGAUUAAUUGGUCGUGUACAAGCUUAUGAUCCAGAUAUAUUUCUUAAUGGAAAAAUUUCUUAUACAUUAUUUGGACAAGAUCUUAUAGAAAUAGGUAAUAAAACAAUGUUUAGAAUUGAUAAAGAUACAGGUGAAUUAUUUUUAAUGGAUUAUGGUCUUGAUUAUGAAACAAAAAAAGAAUAUACACUUAUGGUAGAAGCUAAAGAUCAUGGUGAUGUUGAAGCAACUGUAUGGCCAUCAGUACCAUCCUACGCAGAUAUAAUUAUAACAGUUGAAGAUGUUAAUGAUCAAAAACCACAAAUUAUUUUUACAAUGCCUAAUGAAGAUAAACACGAUGAUAGUAUCAAAUUUAUGAAUAUAUCAAAUCCACAAUUAGAUCAAGAACAAAAUCGUCUUUUAAGUUCAUUUCUUUCAAAAGAAAAUCUUCUUGAAAAUGAUGCUGAAAUGAUUCAUUUUAUAAAAGAAGAACCUUUACCAGCUGAUACUCUUCUUGGUUUAUUUCAUUUACGUGAUAAUGAUCAAACAUCCAAUGGUAUUCUAUCACUUGAUCUGAAAACAUAUGUUCGAUGUUCAACAGAAAGAUUUCAUAAAGAUAAUUUAACAAUGUGUCGUGUAUCAGAUUUUUUUCGUUUAUCUGUAUUUCGUCCAAAUGUUUAUGGUUUAUUUGCUGUUCGAACACUUGAUCGUGAUGAAUAUGAAAAUUAUAUAUUACAUUUAAUAGCAAAUGAUAAUGGUGAUCGUCCAAUACGACCUGAACAAAAACGUUUAACAUCACGACAAAGUUCAUCAUUAAAUAUAGAAGAUUUUAUUAAACGUCGUUCAGAUUCAAAUUCAAAUUCAAUAAAAACUUCAUUAAUAUCAUUACAAUCCGAAUUAUUUAUUUAUUUAACACUUCUUGAUAUUAAUGAUAAUGCACCUAUAUUUACUCAAAUAUAUUUUCAUGUUAAAAUUGAUGAAAAUCAACCAAGAAAUACCAUGGUUGCUCAUUUACAUGCUUAUGAUAUUGAUAAAGGUAAAAAUGGUAGUGUUCGUUAUGAACUUAUGAAUAAAGAACGAGAAGAAUUUUCUAUUGAUAUUCGCUCGGGAAUCUUACGAACAAAACGUGUACUUGAUCGUGAACAAUGUGAAUUAUAUCGUAUUGGUAUACGUGCACAUGAUCUUGGUGUUCCAAUUAAAAAAUAUUCAUCUAUUGCAAUUGUUGAUGUACAAAUUAAUAAUCUUAAUGAUCAUGUACCAUAUUUUAUACAUGAUCUUUAUCAUUUUGAUAUUAAAGAAAAUUUACCUGUUGGUACAAUUGUUGGAAGAUUAACUAUUGGAGAUCGAGAUGAACAAGAACCAAUGGAGAAAAUUAUUAAUCUAUCAACAAUUGAAGAUGCAGAUUUAGAGUUAUUUAAUUUAACAUUACCAAUUAAAACAUCAAGUACAAUAAAUUAUUCUGCAAUUGAUUUUCUAUUUGUUGAUUCUCAUCAAAAUGAAUCUUUAUCAAAUAUAUUUUCAAUUGAUUCACAAGGUUUUAUUCAUACAUUAGUUAUACUUGAUCGUGAAUUACAAUCAAAUCAUACUCUAUCGAUAUUUAUGUAUGAUCGUGUAUUAAAAUCUUAUUCACUUCCAACAUAUAUUAUCAUACAAAUACUUGAUGAUAAUGAUAAUUUACCAUUUGAACCAUUUUUAGCAAAUCCAUUUGAUUUAUCAAUCGAACAAAUAAAUAAUGAUGAAACAAUUAUUUAUGAAUUUCAACCAAUUGAUCUUGAUGAUGGACUUAACGGUAUGAUAUCAAUCGAUUGUUUAAAUUGUACAUCGAUAUAUUAUUUUCAUUUAAUAAUAAAUAAUUUAACAAAUUCAACGAUACUAGUAACAAAAACAAAUAUGACAGUACCCGAUGGAAUGUAUACACUUGCAUUUGUAUUACGUGAUCAUGGUUUAUUUAUAUCACGUGAACGUUUAUAUACAUUAAAAUUUAAUUUAACACAUCGUUUCAUAACUGAAGAAAUUGGAAGAGUGGAAGAAGAAGAAAAUAAUAAUGGAGAAACAAACAAUUUUCUUUUAACCACUUCUUCAAUUCCAUUUUUUCUUCGACAAAAGAAUUUUAUAUUGAAACUUUUUUCUCAACAAUUUGAAUGGCGUUUUCUUAUAUUAUUAAUUAUAAGUUGGUUGAUACUUGUUGUUAUUGCUAUAUGGACUUGUUAUAAUUAUAAUCGAAUAUUAAAAAGAAGACAAAAAGAAAAAGAUGAACAACAACAAUUUGAAAUUCAAGUACGACAACAUGAAAUAAUUAAUUCGCCUAUGGCAACUUUGCCUAAAUCAUCGUCAUUUCCACCUAAUUCACAUUAUCAACGUGGAAAAGAAACUUUAACACAAGAAGAUGACGAAGUCGAAGAUACAAGUUAUGACGCUGAUCAUAUUAUAACUGAUGCUAAUUUUGUUUUAACAUCUGGUUGUACAGCAAAUGAAACGAAUGGUCGAUUUCUUGGAAAUAGCGUUCAUUUUGGUUAUCUACCAUCGAACAAUAAUCUUUCUGCUAAUUUAAACUCUAUUGCUAUUCGAAAUCAUCAUUCACAAGCAAUCAUUCGUUCAACAAAUUUCUCACGACUACAAAGCUCUUGUUCUCGCUGUCAAUUGUCAUCAUCAAUGAUGAAUUCAAGAGAAACUAUGUUAACAGAUGCUGCAACAAAUACAUCUUAUCAUGAUGAUAAUGAAAAUGAUACUGAUGAAAUUUGGAAACAAAUGAAUAAUAACAAUCGAAUGUUAUAUGAAAAUGCUAGUACAAUUUUACAUAAUGAUUAUCAAUUUGAACCAAUUGAUCAUGAUUUUCCAUCAAUUGAUAUUAGUACAAUGCCAUCAUCAGCCAUAUCAACACCACAUCAAGUAAAUAAUCCUCAUGUUAUCAAACGUCCUGUACCAAUAAAUAAUUAUCAUUCAAAUCCAGUUAUUGAACGUCCAAAAAAAUAUCAUCAACAACAAUAUGUUAUAACAACAAAAAGAAAUUCAACAAUAAAUCCAUCCGAUUUUGAUUCAACAACACGUUCAUAUACAUUACCAAGAUCAAUGACAUCAGAUCAAAUUUCAAAUAAUAAUAAUAAUAAUAGUUCAACAAAUAAUAAUAGACUUUAUUAUUAUCCAAGUGUACAAGAUGUACUCGAUGCAUUAAAUCGUCGCUCAUUUGAUAAAGAAUCAUUUGUUUAG